AAAUAUCUAUAUGAGUGAUAAGAAAAGGGCAAAAAAAGGAAAAAAAAAAAAGAAAAAAAGAAAAGAAAAAGGAAAUAUGAAAGGAAGGACAAAAAAAAAAAAUCUCCUUUGUUCCACAUUCACAUUGUUGCCUUUUUAUUUGGUUUAAAGUUUAAAAAGGGGGUGAAGGAGGUUUUGUUAAACACUCCGCCACCCAGCAGCUGACCGCGCCGCCUGAAAGAAUAAGAGGGAAAGAGGGGGAAGAGAGGAAGAGGGGAAGGUCCUUGGGUUGAGGGCUUGCGGUGGUUUCGGAAAGCAGCGUCAACAAGGAGCGGAAAGCAGGAGGAGCGGCGGCCUUUGUAAACACCGUCAUUUUGAACAAGAAACAAACAAAGAAAGGAGAGACAAGGCAGCAGCACUAGGAUUGGAUUACUUAGUAUUAGUACUAGACUGAGUUGCCAUUUUUUUUUGGGGGAAACACUUGCAAAAUGAAGUACGUGUUGGUGACUGGUGGCGUCGUCAGUGGCCUCGGCAAAGGAGUCACCGCCAGUAGCAUCGGACUUCUCCUCAAGGCCUGCGGACUUCGUGUCACUUCUAUUAAGAUUGAUCCUUACCUGAACACCGAUGCAGGGACAAUGUCUCCUUUUGAACAUGGAGAAGUGUUUGUAUUAGAUGAUGGCGGUGAGGUGGAUCUGGAUCUUGGAAACUAUGAACGAUUCUUAGAUAUCAAGUUGACUCGUGACAAUAACAUAACAACUGGAAAGAUUUAUCAGUCGGUCAUCGAUAAGGAGAGAAGAGGUGAUUAUCUUGGAAAAACUGUUCAGGUUGUUCCACACAUUACAGAUGCCAUUCAAGAGUGGAUUGAGCGUGUAGCAAUUGUACCGGUGGAUGGGAAAGAGGGUCCAGCUGAUGUCUGUGUCAUAGAAUUGGGUGGAACUAUCGGGGACAUAGAAUCUAUGCCUUUUAUCGAGGCACUUGGCCAAUUCUCAUACCGUGUUGGCCCUGGCAAUUUCUGCUUGAUUCAUGUCAGUCUUGUGCCUGUUCUCAAUGUUGUCGGUGAACAGAAAACAAAGCCUACCCAGCAUAGUGUUCGUGGACUUAGAGGGCUGGGGUUGACGCCAAAUAUUUUAGCUUGCCGCAGUACAAAGGCACUAGAUGAAAAUGUUAAGGCCAAACUCUCUCAAUUUUGUCAUGUGCCGGCAGAAAACAUCAUAACUCUCUAUGAUGUUCCAAACAUUUGGCACAUCCCUUUGCUACUAAGAGACCAGAAGGCACAUGAAGCAAUCUUGAAAAGAUUGAACCUUAUAGGUGUUGCUAGGGAGCCUGAUCUUAAGGAAUGGACCAUCAGGACAGAAGUUUGUGACACGUUGCAUAAUCCUGUCAGGAUUGCCAUGGUUGGAAAAUAUACUGGCCUUUCAGAUGCUUAUCUCUCUGUCUUGAAGGCUCUUUUGCAUGCUUCUGUUGCUUGUCAUCGGAAGCUUAUUGUAGAGUGGAUUGCCGCCGAUGAUCUUGAAGAUGUAACUGCAAAAGAGGCCCCUGAUGCUCAUAAAGCUGCAUGGGAUCUUUUGAAGGGCGCUGAUGGUAUUCUAGUUCCAGGAGGCUUUGGUGAUCGAGGAGUGCAGGGGAAAAUUCUUGCAGCGAAGUAUGCUCGAGAAAAAGAUGUUCCAUUUCUUGGUAUUUGUCUGGGAAUGCAAAUUGCUGUCAUUGAGUUUGCACGGUCUGUUCUUGGCUUGCAAGAUGCCAACAGCACAGAGUUUGAUCCAAAAACAAAGAAUCCCUGUGUUAUAUUUAUGCCAGAGGGCUCAAAAACUCACAUGGGAGGAACAAUGCGUCUGGGAUCAAGGAGGACAUACUUUGAGUUUGCUGACUGUAAAUCUGCAAAGUUGUAUGGUGGUGUGAGCUUUGUUGAUGAGCGACAUCGGCAUAGAUACGAGGUCAAUCCCAAUAUGACAUCACAACUUGAAGAUGCUGGUCUCUCAUUUGUAGGCAAAGAUGAAACUGGUCACCGCAUGGAGAUUGUUGAACUGCCUGAUCAUCCAUACUUCGUUGGUGUUCAGUUCCAUCCUGAAUUCAAGUCAAGGCCAGGAAAACCUUCCGCACUUUUCUUAGGCCUUAUAGCAGCAGCAUGUGACCAUGUAAGCUCGGUGGUGCCAAAAAAGAUUGUCAUGAGUAAUGGACAAUCAAUGAUCAAAGGCCAUCAAAAUGGAAAUGCCACCAAGCUUUCCAAUGGAUUGGUAAAUGGUGUGUAUAGCAAUGGGAAUGGUGUGCACUUUUAGGAAAAUUGAUGAUUUUCAGGAUUGCAUUGUGUUGGUCGUGUGGUUCUUUUGGAGGAUUUCGGCAGUUUUCUGGAUCCGUCUGUACAGCCAUUGAGUAUGGGUAGAUGUUUUAGCUUGAAGGACUUGCUUUUGAGGUGGAGCUGGAUUUUGAGUCUUGGAUGACACAGCUACUUGUAUUGUCACUGCAUCAAAACAAAACAGACCAGGCUGAGGGUGUAAUGUAUUCCCUUGUAGUACUGAGAUGUCCUCUUUUGUUUCGGACAGCCACAGUUGACAAUAGGAAAGGGAACGGAUUAACUAGUUGGUGUUAAGAUCUAACGUUCUACCCUCAGCUGUAUACUAAUUGGUAUUGUCUUGCGUGAAAGGCUAUGACAUGAUGCAUGUUUUAAGUAUACAAACUCAACUUCUAUUUAAAUGUUCUUUCUUUCGGGGA